AUGCGUUCUCUGGUCGGUAACGUGAAAAUCGACGACAAGUUCUUUAAAGAGAUGUUCUUAGAACGUCUGCCGACGUCGGUACAAACAAUCUUGGCCCCUAGCUCCGACGACCUAGACAUAUCAAAGUUAGCGGCUGGCCGUAUGAUGGAGGUUGAGCGUCUGUCAUCCUCGACGAUUGCUCAGGCGUUCCAGCCUCUCACCGUGUCCUCCUCUGACUUGGCUAAACUAAAGACACAGAUUGCCCAGUUGUCAGCGACUGUUGCCGCUUUGCAGCCGCGCCGAUCCUCCGGUCCCUCUCGACGUUCCUUCGGCCGUGACCAUCGUCGUUCCCGCUCUCGCCACAGGACCGCCAACGUAUAUUGGUAUCAUGUUAACUAUGGCGAUAAGGCGCGGCGCUGUGUCCCACCCUGCCCCUUCAAGUCCACGCAGGGAAACUCCUCGGCCGGAGAGUAA